UGAAAAAGCUAACUGGCUAACAAAAAAUUUCAUGAAAAUUAGAAUAUAAAUUUUAUCUUAUUCACAAUUCGUUCUGAAGCUUAAUAUGUACCACGCUUCGAGAUCGGACGUUAGCCAGAUUGACGUGUCGUAAUUUUAUCAGUUAGGUAGUCAAAAAUAUAGUACUUGUUAGACAUUUCGCAAGUUAUAAUGUUUGCGAGUUUAAAAAGUAAAAUAAAAGAGGAAACAGGAAGUGACAUCAGUAAAUUGACCAGUAGUUGGAGAAGUGGUGGCUUUUUAGGAAGAAUAUCACUCAGAGAUGAUUCGUCAGCAACCAGCCCCUCGAGCUCUGGCGGUCUUGGAGACUCACCGGCUGAUUCCAUCUCACCGCAAAUGGAAACAUACUUGUCGGAACGUACUGGGGGCCAGAUAGACCAAGCAGCAUUACAGCAACAGUAUUCUGUACAGCUAGAAAAUAAAUUAAGAGAAAGGGAUACUUAUUGGGAACAAAAAAUUGAAGAAUUGAAGCUGUCUCUAGCAACAGUUCAAGGUGAAGAAGCAGCAGCAGCUCAAGCUGUAGCUCGUGCGGCCCAAGCCGAAGCUGUAAGGGCUGCAAACGAACGCGACUUAGCUGAAAAACAUGUGAGCGAACUGCGGACACAACUAGCAGCUGCUGAAAGAGCCCAAGACAGGCUCGAUGAGCUGAUGGAAGAGUUGGAGCAGUCCCGUCGCGAGUGGGCCCGCGAACGAGCGGACCUGCUCGCAGUGCGGGGCGAGAGCGAGGCACGCAUGCGCGACCUCGCCGACCAACUGGCGCUGGUGCAAGCCGCGCUGCCGCCUGACCACAAGCAUCACCACAUGGACGACGACGAUAAACGUGAAGUGACGCCGACCGCGUGCGCCGUGUACGACCGCGUGUGUCGCGAGCGUGCGGUACUAAAGCGACAACUGCAGGAAACUAAAAUGGCGCUCGCCGACGUCAAGACAUCGUGGAGCGGACAAAUAGCGUCUUUGGAGACUCAGGUGGCGCGAUUGUCGCGACAAGCCGGCGAAGAAGGAUCCGAGAGAAGAAGGGUUGAGAUAGAGAAAAAAGAGUUGCAAGAGAAACUUUCCAGCGUCGCCGCUGAUUUAGAAAAAUGUAGGCAGAAUUUAGCCAAUAGCGAGGCGAAGGUGGUGCGUUUGAACGGCGAAGUGCAUUCGUUGGCGAUGGAAGUGAAAUCUCUGCGGAAUUCUGCGGCGCACGUGGGCGAGAAGACAAUGGAGUUGGAAAAUCGGAUAGAAGAAUUGAACGAGGAAAACCGGCAGAUGCACGAGUCCCUUGAGAAUGAGCGUAUAUUAGUGAAGAUACUGCAAGAGAAGGUGGAUAAAUCUAACAGGCUGUACGACGAGCAGAAAGCUGAAGUCAACCACCUGAACUCCGUCGUGAACGAGAUGCAGCACGAUUACGUAGAUAUGCAGAGAAAGUUCGAGAAAGAAAAACGUGAGAAAGACGAAGCCUUGCUACGGAAUGCUCACAUGUCGCAGACAAUAGAGAUGAGCCAGUGCAACGUCAGGUACCAGGAGACCGAGAUCGCUGACCUCAAAGCAAAGAUAACGGAGCUGGAGGGACUUAUAUCUCAGCAUCGAGAGAAUCAAGCGGAAUACAUGUUAAUAAAACAAAGUGAAGAAACACGUAAGAAAGAAAUUGAAGCGUUAAACAAAAGGAUACACGAACUAACAGAGAGCGAGGCUACACUAAAAAGUACUAUACAAGAAUUAGAAACUGAAAUCUGUGAUAAAAAUAAGAAAAUAAAGACUUUAGACAAUCGAAUAUCUGACAUGAAGAAGACACUCCAAAGAGAACUGCAAAGUAGCAAAUCCGAUCUGACUUCGGCCGAAGAACAAGAUAUUAGCAGAAGGUACUUGAAGCACGUUGUGCUAAGGUUUCUAACCGGAAGGGAACUCGAAGCGAGACAGCUAACUCGUGCUCUCUCAGUCUUGCUCAGGCUGUCGUCGCACGAGGAGGCCCUCCUGCGCUCCGCCUUUCCUCCCCGAACGGGCCUCUCCGCCUGGUUCCCUUCGCUCACCAACACUUGAUCAAGUGAGCCAACGACGCUGUUACAAUAAAGCUUUAAACGGCCAGGUCCCAGGUGUUUGUAGACACGACUGAUCAACUAUAGUCCGGACAACGACACACGAACUUUCCUUAGGGUAGUUUAAUGUAGCUAUGAAGAGAACAAUACACCAACGAAUUAAUCACUACUUAUAUCAAUAAGGUAGAAGAGAUACUUCAUAAAUAUUAGUAAUUACUAUUGUGUAAUAUAAAUGAAAAAAAUAUGCAUGUAUCCAGUCAAUGUGAGCGGCACACUCACACAAAUGUAAAUAUCAACAAUCGUUGUUUGUACUAUAGCUGUAUAAACGCCUGUAUAUACGACGAUGCGUCUGUGCAGAUUUAAAAGAAUAUUUCAUGCAAUUAAUUGUAAACCUUUAUAAUCGAAGUCAUAUGAUGCACUUGAAAAUGUACAGAUAUAUUUAUUUGUAGAUAAUAAAUGUAGGCGUUACGUUUUAUUUUUAAGAUUUUGAUAAUAUUAAACACAAAGCCCGACAUCAGAGGCAGAAGGUCGAAUCUACAAUUUUUUUGUUUCUUAAAAUGUAUUCUUCUUUGAGCAUCAACCUCUGGAUAAAAUAUAUAUAUCAAUAAACUCUAAAUAAUACGUAUAGGUAUACACGUAUGAAUAACUAAGCCGUUUUUAUCUAUUUUUUUAUUGCCUUUGCCCUUUGUAGGUAGACGAGUCUACGGGCCAGUUGAUGGUGAGUGGUUACCGUCGCUCAUGGACGUCAGCAAUACCAGGAGCAAAGCCAAACCGCUGCCUACCAAAAGUACCAGAGUUACUCUCCGCAAGCCUCGCUUGAAAAAUGAGAUGUAGGGAUGAUCGCGAACAAUUUCUCAGACCGCUAUCCAUGGAACAUAC